GAGAGAAAAUUAAUAAAUUAGGAGAACGAAAAGUGUCGUUCUCUCGGUCUAACACAACAACUAGGUGGAGUGAAGGUGAGUGACAAAAGCGCAGCACAAAGAUCAGUUCUUCUACGGAACGCACGCACUGGACACUUUCCACAGAUAGAGAGAUCACUUCCAUUGUCUCAGUUCAAUCUCUCUCUCUCUCUCUCUCAUAAUCUACCUGAUUGUAGGUAAAAAUGGAGAACCCAGAAGCAAAUCAGCUUCCUGAAGUUGAUUCAUUGCCUGAUGGGUUUGUUGAGAGCCCUGCAGAGCCCCUGGCUCCUCCAACUCCAACCUUUGAACAAGAGAAGCCACUGGACAAUCGUGAGGAUGAUAUUGCCUCAGAUAUUAAUCGUUCAAAGGAACCUGUAGAAGAAUCGGCUGCAGAUGAGUUUCAAACAAGUCAGGGUAGGGCAGAGAAGACCCAGAAACUGAGAACCUUUCCUGUUCCAUUAUCGGAAACUGAUAGUUCUGAUGUUUCAGUAGAAUCAGUUCAAGUGCCCAAAAGGGCUUCUACGGAGCAGACAGAAGAAGGAGGUACGCUAGUCAUGCCCGACUCAGCUGAUUCUGUUUCUGAGACUUCGGUUGGGGUACCUGAAUGCAGUGAGGUAAAGGAACAAGUUGAAGCAAGAUGUCAAAGUUCAGAGAGACCGACUGAAGGAGGCUCAGAUGCGUCAGCAGCCAAUGUGAAGGAAACAUCAUCAUUGGAGAGCGUGGAAACUCUGAAAAGCAAAAAGACCGAAUCCACUGAAACCAAACGUAAGAGUGCAAAGCGUACCUUUAAAUCAGAAAAGGAGUUCAUAGAGUUCACCUUGAAGUAUCAACAAGUUCUUGCUGAAAGAGAUUCAGCCAUUUCUGUUCGAGAUAAGCUUGAGUCGUUGUGCAGGGAGUUACAACGCCAGAACAAAGUGCUAAUGGAUGAGUGUAAGCGGGUGUCAACAGAGGGGCAGAACUUGAGAUUAGAUUUAUCAGUCAAGUUCCAAGAUGCAAUAAAGGAUGUGAGCAAUAAGCUAGAUGAGCAAAAGGAAGAAUGUAUCUCUCAGCUAAAGGAGAAUGAAAUGUUAAGAACUAAGCUGCAGCAGCUCACCUAUCAGUAUGCUCUUUCUGAACAGCAAUAUGAACAGAAGUUGAAGCAGAAAUCUCUGGAGCUUCAAAUUGCUGAUUUGAAGAUUAAGCAGCAUGAAGAGAAGUUAAUCCAGGAACAGUCCCAGAUGAAACUAUAUGCAGAACAGGUGUCACAGUUACUAUCAACUGAAAAGAAUUUGCGCUUACAGUUGACAGCUGAUGGAGAGAAAUUCCAACAAUUUCAGGAUGCAUUGUUGAAAAGCAAUGAAGUUUUUGAGACAUUUAAACAGGAGAUCGAAAAGAUGGCAAAAUCUAUCAAGGAACUCAAGAAGGAAAAUUUAUUCUUGAAGAGCAAAUGUGAGAAAACAGAUGUUACUCUUAUAGAACUCGUAGAUGAGCGUGAACGGUUGAAGAAACAGUUGGAGAAAACAAAGAAUCAGAAAGAAAAGCUUGAAUCCUUGUGCCGAUCACUUCAAGCAGAAAGGAAGCAGAACUCCAUCGGCAGCAACAACUCCGAUUCAGUUCCAUCAUGAACACUGCUCUACUCAACUAUGUAACUUAAACUGGUUUCAAUAAUCACCGUUACAAAUGUUACCCGAUAUACUAUUUUUGGCUAUGGCUUGAUCUCAAGAAACGGGAGAAAAUAUCAAGAUGUUGUUGAGUGUAAUUUAUACUCUAUUAUUUUAGCAUAUUUGUGAUCUCUCUAUCUCCAUGUUAAAUCUCAAAUUCGGGAAUCGGAUUUGUUCAUUUUGUUAUU